GGCGCUUGGAGCUGGGAUCGCGUGAGGGCCCGGCGCCCAGCUUCCUGCUGCUGUGAGAAGCCGCGCCGGGACGCCCCCAGGACCCCAAACUGCCGGGAGGAUGACCAUGGCCGGGGGCAGGAGAGGACUGGUGGCCCCGCAGAACACGUUUCUGGAGAACAUUGUCCGGCGGUCCAGUGAUACUAAUUUUGUGUUGGGGAAUGCCCAGAUAGUGGACUGGCCUAUCGUGUACAGCAACGACGGAUUUUGCAAGCUGUCUGGCUAUCACAGGGCGGAAGUGAUGCAAAAAAGCAGUACCUGCAGUUUUAUGUAUGGGGAGCUGACCGAUAAAGACACAAUUGAAAAGGUGCGGCAAACGUUUGAGAACUAUGAGAUGAAUUCCUUUGAAAUUUUGAUGUACAAGAAGAACAGGACGCCUGUGUGGUUCUUUGUGAAAAUUGCUCCAAUUCGAAAUGAACAGGAUAAAGUGGUUUUAUUCCUUUGCACUUUCAGUGACAUAACAGCUUUCAAACAGCCAAUUGAGGAUGAUUCAUGUAAAGGCUGGGGGAAGUUUGCUCGGCUGACCAGAGCUCUGACGAGCAGCAGGGGUGUCCUACAGCAGCUGGCUCCCAGUGUUCAAAAAGGCGAGAAUGUCCACAAGCACUCCCGCCUGGCCGAGGUUCUGCAGCUGGGCUCAGACAUCCUUCCCCAGUACAAGCAGGAGGCCCCAAAGACCCCCCCGCACAUCAUCCUACACUACUGUGUUUUUAAGACUACGUGGGAUUGGAUCAUCUUGAUUUUAACCUUCUACACAGCCAUCCUGGUCCCUUACAAUGUCUCCUUUAAAACCAGGCAGAACAACGUGGCCUGGCUGGUUGUGGAUAGCAUCGUGGAUGUCAUCUUUUUGGUGGACAUUGUGCUGAAUUUUCAUACUACCUUUGUGGGACCAGCUGGGGAAGUGAUCUCUGACCCCAAACUCAUCCGCAUGAACUACCUGAAGACGUGGUUUGUGAUUGACCUUCUGUCCUGUUUGCCAUAUGAUGUCAUCAACGCUUUUGAGAACGUGGAUGAGGUUAGUGCCUUUAUGGGUGAUCCAGGGAAGAUUGGUUUUGCUGAUCAGAUUCCACCACCCCUGGAGGGGAGAGAGAGUCAGGGCAUCAGCAGCUUGUUUAGCUCACUGAAGGUCGUUCGGCUGCUUCGUCUGGGGCGAGUGGCCCGUAAGCUGGACCACUACAUUGAGUAUGGAGCUGCCGUGCUGGUCUUGCUGGUUUGUGUGUUUGGGCUAGCUGCUCAUUGGAUGGCCUGCAUUUGGUACAGCAUCGGGGACUACGAGAUCUUUGAUGAAGACACCAAGACCAUUCGCAACAACAGCUGGCUCUACCAACUGGCGAUGGACAUUGGCACCCCUUACCAGUUUAACGGGUCUGGCUCAGGGAAGUGGGAAGGUGGUCCCAGCAAGAAUUCUGUCUAUAUCUCCUCAUUGUAUUUCACUAUGACCAGCCUUACCAGCGUGGGCUUUGGCAACAUUGCCCCAUCCACAGACAUCGAGAAGAUCUUUGCAGUGGCCAUCAUGAUGAUUGGCUCUCUCCUGUAUGCCACCAUCUUCGGGAACGUGACGACCAUUUUCCAGCAGAUGUACGCCAACACCAACCGGUACCAUGAGAUGCUCAACAGCGUUCGGGACUUCCUGAAGCUCUACCAGGUGCCAAAGGGCUUGAGUGAGCGAGUCAUGGAUUAUAUUGUUUCCACCUGGUCCAUGUCCAGAGGCAUCGACACCGAGAAGGUUCUGCAGAUCUGCCCUAAGGACAUGAGAGCUGACAUCUGUGUGCACCUGAACCGCAAGGUGUUCAAGGAACACCCAGCUUUCCGGCUGGCCAGUGAUGGCUGCCUGCGGGCACUGGCCAUGGAGUUCCAGACAGUGCACUGCGCCCCGGGGGACCUUAUCUACCACGCAGGAGAGAGUGUUGACAGCCUCUGCUUUGUGGUCUCCGGCUCCCUGGAGGUGAUCCAGGAUGACGAGGUGGUGGCUAUCCUAGGGAAAGGUGACGUGUUUGGAGAUGUGUUCUGGAAGGAAGCCACCCUGGCCCAGUCCUGUGCCAACGUUAGGGCCCUGACCUACUGUGAUCUGCAUGUGAUCAAACGAGACGCCUUGCAGAAAGUGCUGGAAUUCUACACGGCCUUUUCCCACUCCUUCUCCAGGAACCUCAUUCUCACCUACAACUUGAGGAAGAGGAUCGUGUUCCGGAAGAUCAGCGAUGUGAAACGUGAGGAGGAAGAGCGCAUGAAACGCAAGAAUGAGGCCCCCCUGAUCUUGCCCCCGGACCACCCUGUCCGGCGACUCUUCCAGAGGUUCCGGCAGCAGAAGGAGGCCCGACUGGCUGCAGAGCGGGGCGGCCGCGAUCCCGACGACCUGGACGUGGAGAAGGGCAGCGCCCUCGCCGAGCACGCCUCGGCCAAUCACAGCCUGGCGAAGGCCAGCGUGGUGACCGUGCGUGAGAGUCCGGCCACGCCCGUGGCCUUCCAGGCGACCUCCACAGCCGCGGUGGCAGACCACGGCCGGCUGCACGCGCCUGGGGUUGAGUGCUUGGGCGCCAGGGCCGGCGGCGGAGGCGGCGACUGCGCCAGGCGCAAGGGCUGGGCCCGCUUCAGGGAUGCCUGCGGCAAGGCUGAGGACUGGAGCCAGGUGGCCAAGGCCGAGUCCAUGGAGACGCUCCCCGACAGGACCAAGGCGUCCGGAGAGGCCACCCUCAAGAAGACGGACUCCUGCGACAGCGGCAUCACCAAGAGCGACCUGCGCCUGGACAACGUCGGCGAGGCCAGGAGCCCCCAGGACCGAAGCCCCAUCUUGGCGGAGGUCAAGCACUCUUUCUACCCCAUCCCUGAGCAGACACUGCAGGCCACGGUCCUGGAGGUGAAGCACGAGCUGAAGGAGGACAUCAAGGCCUUGAACACCAAAAUGACAAAUAUUGAGAAACAGCUCUCUGAGAUCCUCAGGAUAUUAACUUCCAGAAGAUCCUCUCAGUCUCCUCAGGAGCUGUUUGAGAUAUCGAGGCCCCAGUCCCCAGAAUCAGAAAGAGACAUUUUUGGAGCAAGCUGAGUGGUCUGUUUUAAAAAAAGGAAGAAAGAAAGUCAAAGAUAAAACCCCGCCUCCCUGCCCUCAACACCCCUCCCACCACACACACCUACAUGACCAACAACUUCCAAAGUAGGCUUUUCCUGACAGAAAAUCAGAGCGGGACCAGUCGCUUAGGCACACGCUCGCUCUCUCUCGCUCUCUCGCUCUCUCUGGGAGCAGACGUGGGAGGAGGCGCACGCCACCACCCUGCAAGAUGGCAGCCGCUCUCAAACUGUCUGCACAAUUUUGGAAGAGGGGCAUGCUGUCUAAAGGGUAUUUUCCUUCAUUUUUAAUUUUUUACUGCCAUGAUCUUUGUAAAAGAGGACAACUGCUAGAAAAGAGGAGCAGCUACUUGGGGACUAGUGGGAGCGCCCUGGAGAACACCCCCAUGUAGAUACCAGGCUGGGCUCCUGCGCCAAGAACCCCAAAGACUGCGGUGGGCACAGGGACUUCCCAGCAUUCCCUGUCCUUGUACAGCCCAUGUCUGUCGUCAUCUUCUAUUUUCCUAUAGUAGUCAUUUGUAACCAGCCCGGGACAAGGGGAGCUUGAGGGAUAAGGCGGGCAGAGCCUUGCAACUUUCUGUCCCUAACGGUUAAGACCAGAAAGCUGUGAGGUGCUUUGGGUACCUCCCAUGGACACUGAGAGCCGGGAAUCCUCGGGUCUCCUUUCCCAAGUAGAAGAGCUGGAAAGGGGCUUUCAGGAAGCAGAGACUUUCUGGGCUGUGCUGCUCUGCAGCCUGCUGUCAUGGGAGAGACCACAGGGUUCCAGAAGCCUCUCAUGCACCUCUGGCCCUACUCCAUGCCGCUGUCCUCAUCGCACUGGCCCCUUCGCUUCUUGUCCUUCUCAGCCUCUCCCCAGUGUUCCUGUGGCCUUCCUCAGGGUGUGCAGCAUCGGCAGGAAGGGCAAUGAGCCCAGAGUUGCUUUGUUAGCAAAGCAGACACACACACACACACACACACACACACACACACACACAACCUCAGAAAAAUGAUUGUAGCAAGUCCUAUGUUUGUGUUGGUUCUCACUGGGAUUGAGGGCCCUUCAGAAGUUUGUAUUUUAUCCACUGCCUGGGGUCAUUAGAGGACCCUUGGGAUCCAUGCUUGGCCUUAUUUUAAAAUUAACUUCUUUUUCUCCAGCUACAGUCAGCAGGACUUCAGGAGAAAUGGAGAAAACUGCAGGCCAAGGCUGUACAUGCUUCAGGUGCAGGAGAAAGAGAAGGAGGCAGCAGGUUCUCCGGAUGGCUUUGUAGGGUGAUGGAGAGAGGAGGCUCAGGAAAGGUCUGACAUCAGGGCGACCGUCACAGAGCCACCUGUGGGCCACCCAGAUCCCUAUGCCAAUGCUCGGGACACUCUGUUGCCUCCUAGGCACCUGGGGUCAAAUUAUUCAUGUGUUUGGGCUCCUUCCAAGGACAUUUGAGAAGGGAAAGAGGUCUCUCCUAGGCCCAGUGGAACUAGCUCAGGUGUAUGCCCUGCAGAGAGGGUCAGGACCCUAAAACUUGACAAGCAAGGUUGGAAGUUCAGCUCUAAGAACUAGCGUGGAGAGAGAGGGGACCUGGACUCUGGGUGACAGCAGGGACUCAUCCAGGGCUCUGGCUUUCUGAAUGGGUCACACUACAGCACCACACCUCUACACCUGGCAUGAUUUUGCUGCACAGAUCCUGAACCCGUGCUUAUCCCCUCAGUACUAGAGGGGAAUUGCCAGGGCAGGACUUGCCCUACCAAAGAUACUCAGCAUUUCUGAAGGUCUCCUGUCAGCACCCACAUACCCACAUAUCCCUUUGGUCUUGUUCAGUGGCCAUGACAGGUCCCAGGACUUGGCCUUCAGCAGUCUGUGCAGAAUGGGGUUGUCCCCUCCUGGCACCCAGCACUGGCACAGAUAGCCCUGGGGAACAGAGAUCCAGGAAGUCAAGAGAAGGUUCCUUCCCCAGGGGUCCCAUAUAACUUAUUCACCCACUCAUGGGAGGCUUACUGGGGUGGUUCCUGGCUUCCCAAGCCUGCAGCAUUAUUCAAUCUAGCCUCAGAUGGCAGCGUAGAAUGAGGGGAAGUAUAUUUUCCCAAGACCAAGUCAUGACUGUUUGUGACUCUGGAUAAAGCAGUGGGAAUUUCAGUCUCCUUGAGAAGCUGCCAACUAGUCCAGAGGCUCUAAAAGAUCUGGAAUCCCAUCUGCUCCAGAAUAUUCUAGUUUAGUAUUCCUUAAAUGUGCUCAUUAGCCUGCUUCUGAAGUUUAGUACUACUUUCAAGUCAGGGGUCAGGGCCCUAAUAACUCCCUCGCCCAGCUUCGGAAGCACCCGCCCAGCUCUCUGUGGGUUUGAUGACAGGCUCCUGUACAGCGCCCUGCAGGCCAACCUAGUGGGGCCCUUCCCCACUGGUUCUGCUGGAGGGCACAGUUAUGUUAGUAAGAAAUGACUCCCCACUGGGGUCUGAGGGGCAAAGGCACUGAUGGGCCAGACUUGAAAGUCCACACUUGUCUUGGGGGAAAAAAUAAAGCUUCGUGAAUGUACCCGUGGGUUGACUCCUAGGAUUUGGGUAGGGCUCAUGACCAGAAGCCUGGAUCCUGUGGGUGGAAUGUGCUCAUCUCGGGGUCACAGGGCCCGCACGUGAGCCUGUGGUGACAGAUCACCGCAGUGUGGCUGUACGUGCUUUUAGUCUUUUCUGCUUAAGGAUCAUAGGGACUUGUGCUUUGUUCCCUCUGGAAAAAAAUUUUUUUUUAAAUGAGCCAAACCUUCUCUCCUUUCAUCUUUGCGAUAUCCAUGUGGCCGUGGGCUGCUUUGUACUAACUACCUACUCUUGCCUGGAUGCAGCUCUGGCUUCCUGAGCAAGGGCCACAAGCUCCAAAUACUGACUGAACCUUCCACUAGCUGGUAGGGCUGAAGAGAGGUUAGGGAAAUAGAGUCACUAGGUGUUGGACCAAACAUUUAGACUUUAGAAGUUCGGCUGAGACAUAUUUACCUGAGUAAUUUGUUCCUUUCCGAGGGAAGGGGACAUAAUGUAUUAUACCAUUCCAUUGCCCAGACUUGCUGGUUACUUGAUCUCAUACUUAAACUCCUUACCUUGAAUGUGAUUUGCAGGAAGGCUCUGCUUUCCAGAGUGUCCCUGCUUUGGAGCCAGAGGUCCUGCCCCACCACUUGGCUGCUUGUUGACCAUGCUGUCCUCUCCCCAUCUGAGGGAGGUGUGGGGUUGAGAGUUGAGUCUGUGAAAGAUGACCAACCACCUCCUCUUGGUGGAGGUCGCAGACUCCAGCUUUGAGGGCUGCUGGCCCAUAUACCUGCAAGGACACCUCUACCAAGUAGGAUAAGGUUCCCCUAGGAAGGAAAGGGAGGCACCCCUCUGGCUGAGAAGCCCUGGUUUCGUGCACAACUUUGAUAUCUGCACCUUCAGCCACCUUAUUCUCUCAUGCUCAGACCUGGCUCGUUCCUAAGACCAUUUUUUAAUUCUCAACCCCAGACUACAUCUGUGUGCCGAGUUUGUAGCCAGUAGCAGGCAACCAAUGGCUUAAAACAUCUCUGAUGCUACAAUAACAUGGGCCCAAGUGUUUCAAAGUGGUUCCUAUUCCUUGUUAUCCAAUUCCUGGGCCUAUUUUACCCUCAACCUUCUAGAUCCUGUGUGCUGUGGCUGGCCAAAUAUCAGGCCCUUUUCUGGAACCUUCUUUCAGAAGUCUGGAGCCAGCAUGGCACAGAGUCAAAUAUGCCUUGCACCACCGCAGCUGAUCCCUCAAGCACCCCCUCCUGAGUCCUCCGGUGGAAGGUCAAAGUAAGAAGCCAACUGUUAGAAUUUUGGUCCAAGCCUUUGUGGGAACUAAAAGAAUGCCUUAAGGGGGUCCCAGGUGUAGGGAGAGCCUCCUCUCCCCUUGUUGCCUCGACCACCAUAUGGCACAUACACUCUAGAAAAUUUUAGGAGCCCUGGUGGAGAUAAAAGUUUCUGAUGUGCAUUCAAUUAAUACAUUGUACGUUUUGCAAUAAAGAUGUUUAGCCUUAAGACCCUUGAAUGGAACUCCAGCUGGGAUGGAGCUACCAACACUUCCCCCCCUCCCCUCCUCACUCAUGUUGCUUAAAGAGGAACCCCUUAAGGGCACUCUCAGACCCUAGGGUAGCCUCUCCUCUGUCACAAAAUUGUACUGCCUUCUCGCUUGCUUCAAGACCAAUACUUCCACCAGCUCUUGUGCCCUCCAGCUGGGGGGACUUCACUGUCCCCUCAACACCAUACGCAGCCACCAGAGAAAGCAUCAUUUUCUCACACAAGGCAUUCGUGUUUUGAAGUUUUGAAUCCCACUCUCCCUGCCACCACCAUACACGGUUCAAAAGAAUCAAUGUGAAUUUGCAGCUUAAAUUAGUUUCAAAUGAAACGUCUUUCUCAUGCGAGCAAAUCAGACUCAUUCUGGAACCUCUAGAACUGGACUCGAGUGCCCCACAGGCGCCAGACCCAGUGGGUGCCCUCCCCGCCCCAAUGAAUGUAUUCUCUUAGUACUCAGAUGUCGUAUUUCUGCAUCAGUGGGAAGCUGUCCACAGCCGACAGUUCGCCAACCUCAUAAAGACACUUCUACUCCUGAGCAGCCCGUCAGUCUGGGGCUUCUCCUUAUAUUGAUAUCUUUCCAUUGAGUCCCGCCAAAUCCUCCAUUGGGUUUUUUUCCUUCGCAUCUGCCACUUUGUCCAAAUGAGCAUGAAUAGACAGAAGUGCAAAUGAGCUGAUACUAUUUUUAUGGUCAGCUGACCAUGCUGCCAGAAACUCCACUGUAUGUGUGCUCUUGGGAAUUGUAAGAGGAAUAUGCGGGCCCCUCCAUUGAUGAUAUGCCCUUCUCAACAUUUUUAAACAAGCACAAAUGAUAUUUGUAAAAAAAAAAAAAAGUUUAAUUUUAUUUAUUAUGGUAAUAAACUAUUUUAUACAGGA